CUAAGACAGUUUGCAAAGAUUUCCUUCACUUGCCAUGGAACGUUCUCUAAAGCGCGCCUGGGAGAACGACAUCGGAGAAGGAACGAAAGAGACCAAGAAGCGGUCAACUAUUGCCUGUCAAGCAUGUCGUACAGCAAAGGUGAAAUGCGAUGUCAAUCCAUACGCGCCUCCUUGUCUACGAUGCGUCGCAGCUUCCAUUCCAUGUUUUUUGCCCGAAAGUCGUCGAGGGCGGGUUAGAGGAAGUAAAAACCGCAGUACUUUCGAGCAAAUCCUGAGCAACGGGCAAGGUACGCAAAGUAUGGAUGCCCGACGAGAUGCGCCGAUAGAACGUCAAUCUACGGAUAUCUCUGUGUCAGUCUCUGAACAGGUAAUGUGCAAUUUAACAGAGAGCACCGAACCCGCCAGUCAUAACAAUGGUUCUGGAGAUCUGGAAUCCCAAGAAACAGGAACCAUCACUCCUUUGGAUCCACACAAUCUUAUGAAAAGCUUAGAUGAAAUCUCGUCCAGAAAAUCGAAACAGCUUACACGGCGGCUACUCCACCUCUUAGGGGAACAGUUUCCAGUAUGCGAAAGCAAAGAAGUGGAAGUUUCUAGUGAGGGACAAGGCAGCUUUCAAGAUCUGCUUCCUUCGAUCACCAAGAUCGCUAAGCAAGGGUGGAAUUUAGAUGGCGGCUCGGACUCUAGGAGAUCAAAACGACCAGCAGUUUUGUCCGUAGCUGAUUUGCCGUCCGAAGAUGCUCGGUUGCUGGACUUGUGGACUCCAGCUGCCUUGCAAGAAAUGGUCAGUGAGACCACGAGAUACUUUGAGUACGGGCUACAAGGCUCAAAACGCGAUGUCGCUCGAGAUCUAGAUCCCCUACAAAGGUCCAUGAUCAGUUUCGAUCGGGCUCACGAACUUUUCACUGCAUACUUCGACAUGGUACACCCUCAGUGGUCUAUGCUCAACCCAUCUCUCCACACACUACAGUUUGUCCGCAGCCGAUCUGCAAUGCUGACGACCACUGUAUUGGCGUUAGGCUCUAUAGCCUUGGCUACAUUGCCGGAUCAUAUCGAUGAACAAAUUGCCGAAGCGAAGAAGCUUUAUGCCCACGCAGAGAAACUAAGUCUCGUGGUAUACUCAACAGGCGCAAGAUCAAUCGAAAUUGUACAAGCCCAAAUUUUACUAUCUCGCUUUGGCAUGUCUUCGAGAACACGCCUGGACGAGCAGCGAUGGCUCCGUUCAGCGAUGAUACCACGCAUGGCAAUAGAAAUUGGCCUCAUACCGCGCUCACGAGACAGACAGCAUAAUGCCGAUAGCGAAGAUGCAGAAAUGCAGAGGUCGAAUGCGCUGCGAACCCGCGCCUUUCUGAUCCUGAAUGAAUAUAGAUUCUUUUCAUUCAAUGGAAGUGCGCCAAUAGAUCUUGAUUGUUUCAAUCUUAAUGGAGAGGAAAUUGAAGAGAUAACACAGCUUACAGCAGAUCAUCAUUCUGUUAGCCUGCCAGCUCUUUAUCAGCUGUAUCUUUUCCAGAAUGAGCUUCGUAAAAGGGCGGAUUCCUAUAGUGGACAAAAACAGCUGGACACCUUACAUCUCGAGGCCGAUCUGGCGUGGAUAUCAUCGUAUAUACAGCAAUGGAUCCGGCAAUAUUGCAGUCAGGACGCUUCUCCAAGGAGUAGGGCGCAUUUGAUUCAUGAUGCUCUGAGUUGUCAGUUGCUCUUAUCAGCUCGCAUUGUUGGAAAAUUGUCUGAGUCGGCCAACCUGCCAACACAUCAACGACGACUACUCGACACAGCGCUUGCCAUAUUUCGAAGCGCCCUUGAUGAUCCCGUUACCAUACACAUGAAUACUCGCGGCAGUAUUUUUCCGUUUGCUGGUGCCAUUAUACUCAGGUUCGGCGAGAGAAGAGACCUGGUCCUUCGCUUAGCCCUUCGUUUGGCGGGGGACCCUACCAGACCUUAUGUCCCCAAUUUUGUCCGAAAUGCCGGUAGUCAAUUGCUGGCCAUGCUUUGUGCAAAUCAACCUGGAUCGAAACCCCAGUCAGACGAUCCAUCGUUAAAUCUGCCCGAGAAUCAGCAUGAGUACAACGAGGCAGAGUACUGUCCCAAUGAACAAGUUGGUAACCAUAGGUUGGAUGACGCGCGAACACGUACAGCAAACCUGACCAAAAAGUCAGAAUCGCAGGAUCGUCAGACACAGGCGGAAGAAGACGAGUCGGGACGUAGGCAAGAAAGCCUGUCCAACGAAGCUAUUCUCAAUUGCCAGAUGCAACCCGAAAUGCCGGCACAAGUGGUUCAUGAUAUAAACUGGACAACCUCAACAUCGUACACACCUGCCAAUGUGUCCCUUGCCGCUACAGAAAACGGAAGCAAUCUUUUCAUUCCCGACUAUUCUCUCGAUUUUCCGUAUACGCCGAUCUCGACUGAAUAUCAAAGACCGAUUUUCUCCUCACAAGACCUAAACUCUGACUAUGAAAUGCUAGUAGCUAGGACUAUUCAUCCGCACCAGUCUCAUCUCCAACAGCUCCCGGACGGUCAGCAAAACCUUGUAUCAGAACAAGGAUAUCAAUUUCAUUACGGGAUGGGAAUUUUCUCGCCUGAUAGCCAACCUCCGGUCCUGCCUAGAGAUCCCGGGGAAAUGACAGCAGGAAGAGAGAGCUCUGCCCUCGGUGGACGAACUGAAAUCAUUUCUCCAGUCAACUCGACAUGCACAAGUAGUAUGGACAAUAGCCAGGGACACAUGAAUCGCCAAGAGUAUCAGAGGACUUUGUUUUCCACUAUCGAACAGCUUCUUCAGCUGGCUUCGAGAAGCUAAAGAACUGCAUGUAGUAUUUAU